UACAUAGCUUAUUAACCACGAAAGUAGAAAUAUGUCACUUAGACUUCCUCAAGCACCCAAUUCGGGUUUGUUCAAACAAGGAUAUCAAUCCUUUUCCAAUUCAGAUGGUGCAAUCAUUAGAAAUAUUGAAGCUGUCCGUGAAAUUUCUUCCAUGUUAGUAACUUCCAUGGGACCCAGUGGACGUAACAAGAUCAUUGUUAACAAAUUAGGUAAGAAAUUCAUCACUAAUGAUGCUGCUACUAUCUGUAAUGAAUUAGAAAUUGUUCAUCCUGUUGUAAAAAUCUUGAUUAUGGCUUCAAAACAACAAGAAUUUGAAAUGGGUGAUUUCACCAAUUUAGUUAUUAUUUUAGCUGGUGAGUUCUUAAACGUUGCUGAAAAAUUAUUAUUGUUGGGAUUGAAUGUUACUGAAAUUAUCCAAGGGUUCAGCUUAGCUAACAAGUAUGUCAUGAAGAUUUUGGAUGAAUUGGUUGUUGACAAAGUAGAAUCCAUUAUGCAAAAGGAACAUUUACUUAAGGUUGUUAAACCGGUGAUUGCCGCAAAACAAUAUGGAUACGAAGAUUUAAUUUCCAAUUUGGUUGUUGAAGCUGUUCAAUCAGUCAUCAACCCAAAGAAUCCAGCAAGUUUUAAUAUUGAUAGUAUAAGAGUUGUUAAAAUUAUGGGAUCUUCAUUACCACAAUCACAAGUUGUCAAGGGAAUGGUUUUCCCAAGAGAACCGGAAGGUUCAGUUAAACACAUCAAGAGUAAAUCUAAGGUUGUUGUAUUCACAUGUCCAAUUGAUAUUUCAACUACUGAAACUAAAGGUACUGUAUUAUUACAUAAUGCUCAAGAAAUGCUUGACUUUACUAAAGGUGAAGAACAACAAUUGGAUCAAGUUGUAAAGGAGAUUAGUGCUUCUGGUGUUAAGGUUGUUGUUGCUGGUUCAAACGUUGGAGAAUUGGCAUUACAUUACUUUAAUAAAUAUGACAUAUUACUCUUGAAAGUUGGAUCCAAGUUUGAUUUGAGAAGACUUUGUCAAGUAUGUGGUGCUACUCCAUUACCUAGAUUAGGUGCUCCAAUGCCUGAUGAAAUGGGAGAAAUUGAUAUCAUUGAAACUAAAGAAAUUGGAGGUGAUAGAGUUACAAUUUUCAGACAAGCCGAGUCGUCAGUUUCAAGAACUGCCACUAUUGUCAUUAGAGGCGCUACUCAAAAUAACUUGGAUGAUAUUGAAAGAGCUAUUGAUGAUGGUGUUAAUUCCAUCAAGGGUUUAUUAAAAGAUGAUAGAUUAUUACCUGGUGCAGGUGCUAUUGAAAUUGAAUUAAUUAAGAGAAUCACACAAUACGGUGAAACCACUCCAGGAUUGUUACAAUUGGCAAUUAAGAACUUUGCCAAGGCAUUUGAAGUUAUCCCAAGAGUUUUAAUUGAAACUUCUGGAUUUGACAGUACUGAAGUUUUAGCCAAAUUACAUGCUGCUCAUUCUGAAGAACCGGGAUUAAAUGUCGGUAUUAACAUUGAUGAUGGUGAAUUGGUUGAUAUUUCCACUAUAGGUAUUUACGACUUGUUAAGUUCAAAGAAAUCAGCUAUUGAUUUGGCUGUUGAAGCUACUAAUACUAUUUUAUCUAUUGAUCAAAUUAUUAUGGCUAAGAGAGCUGGUGGUCCAGUUAUGCCACAACAACCAAGACCAGGUAAUUGGGAUCAAGAUGAUUAGAACUAUAUAGCAAAAGUAAUAAAGGUUUAAUUUUUAAUUAUAGCUGUACAGUUAACACAUACAUUAAAACUAAAGAAAAAAAAAUUAACUUUUUUUAGUUAAUAUCUUUUCCAAUGGUUAUAAAGGUUUUGAUUUUUGUUAAAUCCUUAUUUCCUUCGGCAUCUUCAACACCACCACUGACGUCAUAACCAACUACAUUUUUAACAUCUUGUGUAGAUAAUAAAUUUUCUGGGGUUAAUCCACCAGCAAGUAAAACGUUUGUAAAGCUAAGAUUAUCAUUAAUAAAGCUCCAAUCAAUAAUUUUACCUUCUCCACCAGCUUCUGAGUCCAACAAAGGAAUUGCAAAGAGUUUUUCUUUAGUUAAAUAUUCACCUUGUUCGGCUAAAUCUGGAAACUGGGUAGGAAUAACGUAUCUUGGAAUAAUCCCAAAUUUACCAGCAAUUCUUUCAUCCUUAAAAAAUGCCAUCUUGUCUUCGUUUCCAUGUAGUUGAAUAAAAUCUAAUUCUAAUUCAGUAGCAAUGGAAACAACUUCAUCGAUGGGUUGAUUUUGGAAAACACCAACUAAAAAUGGACCAUUAUCAAUUAUGACUUCACUUAUCAAUUCAAAGUAUGCACGAGGUGAUGAAUAAAACUGAUUAGUCAAAUAAGUUUGAAUGUCUUCUAUGGUUGGAAAUUUUUUAGAAGAUCUUGCUUGCUUAACUUGGGAAGAUAUUUGUUUAGCAAUUUCAAAGUCAAUUGUACGUUUACGACCUGGAACUAAAAUACAACCAAGUAAAUCAGCGCCAUUAUCUAUAGCUGUAGUGGCAGCUUCAACUGUUCUAAGUCCACAAAUCUUAACUAACCGAGGCAUCUUGUAUGACUAAUGU